GCACGUUGCUGAUUGGUUGAAGCCUCAGCCAAAAUAGUAUUUAAAGAGGGGUUCUUGCCUGUUGUUCUCUGCUGGGAUCACUAUAAACUAAAGAGCUGUUGUCACUCACUGGUCUCCUGCCUCUUCAUUGCCCAAACUUAUCAUUCUAUGCUGUUGAUUCUGGACAUUGUUUGCUGUAAAGUCUUAUCAAUCAUCUUCAGCCUCCUGGCCCAUGCAACAUUUGGCGCUCGGAACAGGGACCCCUUACUUCGUCCGGCAAGGACAGGUGCACCUUCAGCCUUCGGGCUUCUCAACCUUUCAAGGUUUCUAUAAGUAUGGGGUCUUCGCUUUCACAUGAGCAGAGAAAGCAUGCAAAUGAGUUGACUUAUCUUGUUAAAAAAUCAGGUUUAGUUGUUUCACAGAAAGCUCUUUUUCGGCUGGUACGAGAAAUUGCUUUAAGAUGUUCAUGGUAUCCUGAAAACGGUUCUUUAAAAUUGUCAGAAUGGGAAAGAAUUGGUGAAGCUUUGCAUUCUGAGCCAAGAAUGCAGAGAUAGAAAUUUUGUAUGCUUGGCAUUUGUGUAGGCAUGCUGUGGAAACAUUUGGCCAUGAGGAAGUUUCUCUUUUAUCACCUCCUUUGCCUCAGCAUUCUACUGCUGUAGUGCUUCCUCCGGUAUCUGAAACUAAACUUUUGCUGCCUUCUGCACCUCCUGAUACUGGACAAAAACCUCCCCCUGACAUCGUUCCACAAUCUUCUUUUCAAAAGAUGGUGGAAAAUUGUAAGAAAGAUGCUGCUAUUUCUGGGGAAGAGUUAGCUGAAUUGUUAUCUGUGUGCCCAGUGCAAUAUCAUCCAGGACCGCAAGCUGGACAACAGAUAGCAGAAUGGGAAGGUUUGCCAUAUCAAAUUUUAUGUGAGUUGAAGCGAACUGUUACAGAUUAUGGAGUUAGUGGAAAUUUUACAAAGGGUUUGUUAGAAGGCAUUAAGUUUUCGCUCAGGAAACUUGCCAAUGGAGAAAACAAAGCGUGCCUUUCCCGUAACCCUACUUUCUCCCCCUCUUCCUCCCUCUCUUGUGCAGCCCUAGCCACAGCCAGUAGUGCUGGGGUUGAUUUAGUUACUCAGGAAGAUUUGGAUUUUAAAUUUCCCUUAGAAGUUAAACUUGUUCCUUCACAGUUUUCUGGUCCUAUUCCCUCUGGACUAGUUGGUCUUAUUUUACCACGUUCUUCUGCUCAUAAAUUGGGAUGCUUUGUAGUUCCAGGAGUUAUUGAUUCUGAUUAUACUGGAGUUAUUCUGAUGCAAAUUUGGGUUAAUAUUCCACAACUUCUUUCCAAAGGUUCUUCUGUUGCACAACUUCUUUUUCUACCUUAUAAAGUUCCUAUUUCAGGUACAGGACAUCGUGGUGAUGCUGGAUUUGGUUCUACCUCUCUUUCUGUAGGACUUCUUUAUUCAAUUAAUUCUUCUCGUCAACUUCUUACAUUAUAUCUUAAUAAGCAACCUUUUCAAGGAUUAUUAGAUACAGGUGCCGAUGUUACUGUCAUCUCACUUUUGCAGUGGCCCUGCAAUGGCCCAAAUGUGCUGUUAAUUCCUUGUGGGGCAUUGGUGGGUCAACAUCUUCCUGGCAAAGUGUUCAUCCUAUUACCAUCACAACUUCUGCAGGAUCCUGUCUCUCGACCUUUGGUGUCCUAUCGUCAACCUCCUGAUCCCGCUUGGCGUGGACCUGCUAAACUUAUAACCUGGGGUCGUGGUUACGCUGCAAUUGAGGAUCCACAGACAAAACAAGCUGUGUGGAUUCCAAGCCGGUGUGUUCGUCCUUAUCAUGGCGUGGCAUCAGAGUCUUCACAACCCCAUUCCAAACUUCAAUCCGAAUCUCAAAACGGAGGCUCGUCUUCCCAGGUCGCCAUAUCCUCCUGCCAUGACUUGGGGUCAAGUUAAAGCUACAACCUAUGAAGCUCAACAACAACUAAAGAAAGCUUCUUUACCACAAACUCCAGAAAAUCUUGUAGCUGCAGUUGCUGUUAUAACUGCUAAUUCUGUUACUAUUCUUUUGUGUUGUUUUCUUUGUUUUCCUCCUCCUGUUUCUAUUAUUUCUGAAACAACUCCUGCUUUUUCCCUCAGUCCAAACCUUUGGAUUCGUCAUGCUCAAUAUAUGUUUUUAAUUCAUGGUCGUAACAUAACUUUAUAUUAUGAACCUCCUAUGGCUCUUGGUCAAGUUGCUUUUAUUCCUAAUCUAAUUACCUCCUCUACCUUUAUUGUUUCGCAACUUCAACAUAUUUCUUCUUCUUGGUUAUUUUCUAAACCUUCAAGUCAAUUAAACUUUAUCUUCGUAUUAAUCAGUUUACUCAAGGUUUAUGUUCUUGU